CUCCCGCACCGCACCGCACCGCACCGCGGCCAAAGAGAGCGAGGAGCGCCCAGCGAGUGCUCACCUGCCGAGCAUCCCCGCCGGGUUGACCGCAAAAUCCAACAUGAAAAUCCUCGUGGCCGUGGCGGUCUUUUUUCUCCUUUCCACUCAACUGUUUGCAGAGGAAAUCGGUGCCAACGAUGAUCUAAAUUAUUGGUCUGACUGGUCCGACGGUGACCAGAUCAAGGAGGCGCUGCCAGAACCCUUUGAGCAUCUUCUGCAGAGAAUCGCCCGGAGACCCAAACCUCAGCAGUUCUUUGGAUUAAUGGGCAAACGGGAUGCUGAUUCCUCAAUUGAAAAACAAGUGGCCCUGUUAAAGGCUCUUUAUGGACAUGGUCAGAUCUCUCACAAAAGGCAUAAAACAGAUUCCUUCGUUGGACUAAUGGGCAAAAGAGCUUUAAAUUCUGUGGCUUAUGAAAGGAACAGGAUGCAGAGCUACGACAGAAGACGUAAAUAA